AAAAUUUGUGUGUGCGUGCGUGUGUGUGUUUGUGUUAAUGGUAGUGACGAUAGAGGAUUAGGUUUUGUUGAGUAUGAUGGGGAGCACAGGUGAAGCAGACCGAAAGCGACGUCACUUUAGCUCUAUAUCGUCCACAGCUGCUGCUACUGCUACUGUUACUGCCGCAAAAAACCAGCCCUUUUCGCCCUUACCUGACGAUAAAAAGGAUGGACUUUACUUUGUUUCCUUUCUUUACAUUUGCUCUGAUUGGACCACUUUAAGCGGAAGAUUCAAUAUGAUAAGCUUUGUUGGUCGAAACCUGGUGGCGUUGAUGAAGUUCACUGUUCUCAAUCUCGACACAGCAGUGCUUCAGUUUCAAAAUCAGAAGCUUGUUCAAAAGGUUAAAGCUCAGAAGUUUGAGUGUGUUGCCCUUGAGAAAAAAUUUAGUCAACUGGGGGAGAGACAACAGCAGUAUGAUAACACACUAGCAGUGGUCAAUAAGUCUUGGAAUGAGCUGGUUGAUGACUUGGAAACUUGUUCCAUCCGUACAAACUACUCAUCAUGCUGUGGGAAAGAUGCUAGACAUCAAUUGAUUACAAAGGAUGGUGCUUCAUCUCUCCAAGAGGAUGUUUUUCUAAGGCGACUUCUUGAAACAGGGGCAACUGAAAGUACCUGCACGAGCAAUUCUGUGAAUCAGAUGGAAGAAGACAGACAAGCAGCUGGUGAAAAGACCAAGAACAUCUUGUGUAAUAUAGUAGCUGCCAUUGAUGACCUGUGGUGUUUGAAGGAUGGAUUGUAUGCUUCAGUUUUGAAGGCACUUCCAGAAGAUGGUUCCUUCAGGGAAAAGACAUCUAGGGAUUUAGAGGUGGAAGUUAAGAAUCUGAGAUUGGCUAUAGGUGAUCUUCAUUUAAAGCACAAAUCAUUGGCAAGGGAAAUGCAGAUUUCUCGGGAUACUGAUGCAAAGAAUAAAGCUGAUCUUAUAUGUUUGAGAGGGGAGUUGGAGGAUACUCUUGCAGAAUUGGUGGAAAAUAACUGCAAAUUGACAACUCUAAAAGCAGAGAGAGAUGCAGCGAAGGGGGCAAUUUUCCCUGUCCUAAACCUGGUGGAGAAUAAGCCUAUUGCAAGUGAUAGGAUGAAGGAUAAAGAAAAAGAUUUGAGAGAUAUGGAGUCCGCACUCAAGGAAUUAUUGGACCAAGCCUCCAGUCGACUAGUAGAACUUAAGCGUAUUCUUGAAGAAAGGAUAGAAAUAUUGAGGCAGUUGUGCAAUUUGCAGAACACUUUGAAGAACGUGAAGUGUAUAUCCUCUUCCCAAGCCUACGCCUUGUUAAAAGACCAACUUGCGAAGGCAAAAGCAGAUGUAGUCCAGUAUCAAGCGCUAUUUGAGAAACUGCAGAUUGAGAAAGAUACCCUUGCCUGGCGGGAAAAAGAAAUGACUAUUAAAAAUGAUUUACUUGACAACUUUCAUCGAUCUUCUGCAGUUGCUGAUUCUAGAAUAACUGAGCUGAGGAUAGAGAUACAGAAACAAAUUAAUGACAAAAAUAUUAUGGAAACUAAGCUGGAAGAAGCAUCAAGAGAUCGUGGUAGGCAAGAAAUUAUUGCGGAGUUUAAGUCGUUGGUCCGUUCAUUUCCUGAGCAAAUGGGCAGCAUGCAGAGUCAACUAAGUGAAUACAAGGAGUCAGCUGCAGAUGUUCAUUCUCUACGAGCUCAUGUUCGAUCACUUUCCAGUGUUCUUAAUCAGAAGGCUAAAGAUUUGGAAGCCUUAUCUGCCAGAUCAGCAGACCAAAUUGCUGAACUGCAGAAGUUGCAAGCUGUGGUUCAUGAUUUGAAGGAGAGUGAUUUGGAGUUGAAGCUAAUUCUAGAAAUGUACCGACGCGAAAUCACUGAUUCAAGGGAUGUCCUAGAAGCUAGGAAUUGUGAGUGUAAGGCUUGGGCUCGUGUUCAGAGUUUGAAGUCUUCUCUUGAUGAGCACAAUUUGGAAUUGCGAGUCAAAACAGCAAUAGAAGCUGAGGCCAUGUCCCAGCAAAGGCUAGCUGCAGCAGAAGCUGAGAUUGCUGACCUAAGGCAGAAGUUGGAAGCUUCCAAAAGGGAGAAGUCCAGACUUUCUGGUGUCAUGAAGUCCAAGCACGAGGAAAAUGAGGCCUAUCUAUCUGAGAUAGAAACUAUUGGGCAGGCAUAUGAUGAUAUGCAAACUCAAAACCAACACCUUUUGCAGCAGAUAACCGAGAGGGAUGACUAUAACAUCAAGCUUGUUUUAGAGGGAGUGCGAGCAAGACAGCUGCAGGAUGCUCUACGCAUGGAGAAACAAACCAUGGAGAGAGCAAUUCAGCAAGCUGCUGCAUCGGUUGAUUUUUUCAACAUGAAAGCUGCAAGAAUUGAAGAUCAGUUGAAGAUGUCCUCAGAUCAAGUUCAGAAACUUGUAGGAGAUGGGAUUCAAAGUUCAGUUACUUUGGAAAAUUUCCAAAGGAAACUGUUAGAUGUGAGAAAAUCAUCCGAGCAACUGAGGGAGUCACUGGAAGAAUCCCAGUCCAAAGUCAACACAAGUCGAGUGAGUCUUGUGGAGCUGCAGAUAGAACUUGAGAAAGAAAGGUUUGAGAGGAAAAGGGGACAAGAGGAUUUAGAAGUUUUGAGGAGAAAGGAUUCACAACUAAGGUCGCACACAGAGGGAUCAUCUAUAGUUAACAAGCUUCAGCAGGAACUUAGAGAAUACAGUGAAAUACUCAAGUGCAGUAUUUGCCUUGACCGUCGAAAAGAGGUAACUUUUUUGUUUUAUAUUGAUGUUUUACCCUGGUUUGCAGAUGCCCUUCUCACCUCCUAGGUGCAAGUAUAAUUUUGGAAAGACAAUAUACAGUUGGCCUUCUACUUAUUAAUGGAGAUCGAAAGAUUAUUUAUUAAUUUUGGGGUCUUAAAUUUCUUCACUGUUAUUGUUAGUGAGAAAAUACAUGAGUACGCAUUGUAAUGGCUAAUGCAGUUUCUUAACUGAGAAGAUAAACCAUAUUAGUCUAAUCUCAGUCAUCCAAAAGUUAGUAAAUUCCCAUGUUACUAAAAUGUUUAUUCUAAUUAUUUUCGUGGCAUUUUUAUCCAUUUAUACAUACCUUUCGAUUCGAAUAAUGAUAAUACCAUAGGACUUUUGAAAUGAUUAUUAAAUAAGUUGCAGUAGAGUUCGUAGUUAUUUACCUGGAAGAAAGUUGAUUCCUAAAAAUAUAAAUUAAUAUGGAAAAAGUUAGAACUGUGCAUGAUGUGCGCCACGGUCUGUGGCACAGCCUGGGGAGGGUGAGACGUAUGCAGUUUACCUUUCCCUCCACUCCCCAAGGGCUUGAGGAGAUAGUUUUCGCAACUUGCAUGCCCAAGUUACAAUGGAUCAACUUUACCGAAGUGUGAAGCUCUUCCCAAUAAGCGUUAAUUAAUAUAAAUUACUCAGUUAUUGAAUACAAUAGUUAAAUGAUUGUAUGAAUGGAGCUGUCAGCCAUGUGUAGAAGGUGAUAGAACCCCCUCAUUGGGCGUGCCAAAGGAUAUAGCAAUAAAAAAGUGAAUGGAGAACUUAAACAUGAAGGGUUCCAUUAUUAUUGUUGAGAUAAAAUUGUUAAUUUUACAAUUGUGGAAUUUCAUGGUGUAUUUCCUUCAAUAAUUUUGGGAAGCUUCCAAUAAGGGACUUACCAUCUGAGGAGAAGUUUCAUGUUGCCAUAUUUUCAACUUCAGCAGGAUCUGAACCAGAAUCAUUUUAGUAACCUUCAUUAAGGCAUUUAUAACUAUGGAUCUAUUGAUCUAUUGUACUUUGGAUAUUUAAUGUUACCAUUCUAUGAUUUACAAUGCCAUAUUUAAUUCUUUUAUCACUUUUGUAAAAAGAGUGAUGUUUGAUGUCUUUUGUAACGGCGUAUAUGGAUGUCAUAGCAACUUCUCACCCGAAUGGGACAAUUAGAUGCUAAGAUGGAUGAAAAUCCUUGCAUCAUUCUCUGGCGAUUGUUACUUCAACCUGGUUUGGGAUUUCCUAAUUUGUAGCUUAAAAAUAUGAAUUUAGUUUGCUAUUUGUUUAUUUUUUGGUCAGCAAAUUUAAUUUGUCAUUUCGAGGAGCAUUAUUGGAUGGUCUUCUUGAUUCAAAUAGUGGAUUUUCUUGAAAAUUCAUUGUAUUAAUAUGCAUUUACUCAAGGUGCAUGCUUGUAUUUGGAGAUUUCCUAUUGCAUCUAGUAUUAAGCUUCAUGUGGUUUUGCGAUGAAUUAGUGCAUAUAAUACUUUCCAUAUUUGAAUGUGAUAAGAUAGAUAUGCUACUUUCAAAUUCCGUGCCUGCCGACCUUCACGUGAAAUUUAUAUUAUGACUUUAUGUUACGGAAAUGAUGUUAAGGGAGAGGCGAGGGAAGUAGGAAAAUAUAUUCAUGAAGGACUACGGUAGUUAGGGGAUCGACAUGAACGUUAUUUAGUGGAUGAAUCUGCCCAGUUCUAAUUAAUUUACCAGUUUUUGGCCUUCAAUCUUUCUCAGAUUGAAUCAUAUGAAGCUACUUUGGUAGAAGCAGUUGUUUCUGUCAAAACUGCC